GACAGAUGGCGGCUUCACAGCGAACAUCUGAGCCCAUCAACUUUGUGCAUCAGGAUGAAAUCUGGAAAGCACAUGUAAAAGUUGAGAAGGAUUCGGCUGAGGUCUGGCCCAACAAGUGGGGCUUCCUGACCGAGGUGUACAAGGAGUACGAGGGGGAGAGUGUGAAGCUGAAGGAGGAGGUCCGAGUCAAGCCUCCUCAUCACCUGGCAUCUGGACCUGCGACCACUCCUGAUAAAUCCAUCCACGUCGGCCCCUCUCCUCCGGUUCCUCAGACAACUCAGGCCCUGAUUGGCUGGCGUUCGGCUCACUCACAUCUUCAACUUGAAAAGCACAUCACGAUGCAUCAUGGGAGGCGUAGUUUUCUGAAGGAGCUGGGCUGGCCUUUCGACGCCUGCAGCUGAGUGGAAGCCACCGCUCUGUGUUGUCUCAGCUGAUCACUGACUCAGUGAGCUACGAGAAUGUAGCAUCAACUAAAGACAGACAUUAAAUCAAUCCUGAGAAUACAUGUUCCAAAAAAGCUUUCCAGAUGUGGAAUGUUCUCGAAAUGGUCUUUUAUGUCCUUCUAUAACUCUUGUUCUUCACUAUCCUCCUGAGACCCUGUGUCGUCACAUAACGACAUCACAUUUUGAGUCUACUUGACCUUAUACUUUAUUCUACUAUACUUAGACCUGUUGUCCUCGUUCGUAGACACUUUUGUGCCAUCUAGUGGUAGCAAGAGCACAAUACACCAAUUCACAUAAAUAAGUUGGCAGCCAUCUCUACUGAGUCAGUCUGCAGCUGAU